CCAGUUGGUUGACCAGUUGGGCGAUCUCCUCCAGUUGGACGACGAGUUGGGCGAUCUCCUCCUGGAAAUUGACCUGUUGGGCGACCAGAAAUAGGAGGAAAACCACCGAAAUCAAAGUCACCAGAUGCUCCAGGCCCACCAGGACGAGGGCGUUGUGGGCAGUGCAGGAAGGGACGGCGGAGGUGGUUUAUACGAUGCAGACGGUGCGGCAGGCGGUGGUGGAACCCAUUUGGUCCUGGAACGUCAGGUAAAUCGGAUACCCCAAAACCUGACAAUUCGUCUUCGUCACGGAAACUUUCCCCAGAACCAGAAAUUUCAUCAACUCCAGGCCGGCGGAAGU